AUGAAUCUCAUCAGUUUGAUUUUCCUCGUCGCGACGGCGGCGACUACACUUUGUGCUCAAGAACCCAGAUUCUAUAAUUUAGAAGAUGCACCACAACUGUUCGAAAAAUUUAUCGUAGACAACGAUAGGCAUUACAAAGAUGAGGCUGAUAGAAAACAGCAUUAUGAAGCAUUUCUGAAUACUCUGAAGUAUAUAAACGAAGCCAACGCAGAACAGUCGGAUUACACACUUGGAAUUACGCUGUUCGCUGAUCAAACUGAAACAGAGAGACGACAACGGCCUAGUGGAAUCCGAUUCGACUAA